AUGGUCAAAUCUUUGGGUUUCUCGAAUUUUGAAGUGGUGGAUCCUAUUGGAUUUUCUGGAGGUCUGUGGCUUCUCUGGAAUGCUAAUAAAGUGAAGGUUGAAAUUAUUGGUACCUCGGACCAAACUAUUUCCGCGUAUGUCUCUUGGUCUGGUCGUAGCCCUUGGAUCUUUACUGGAAUAUAUGCUAAUCCUUGUUCCACCAAAAGAGCAAAAUUAUGGGAGUACUUGAAUUUUGUUGCUAACUGUCACCAAAUGCCUUGGCUUAUUGCUGGAGAUUUUAAUGACAUGCUCAAAACAGAUGAGAAAAUGGGGGGAACCCCAUUGCACCGGCUCAGGGGUUUUAAAAAGUGGUUUGAUGAGAAUAACAUGAUUGACUUAGGCUUUUCUGGCCCUAAGUUCACUUGGACUAAUAACAGAGUCUUUGAACGAAUUGAUAGAGCAGUGUGUAAUUUGCAGUGGAGGCAACAGUUUGCUGAGGCAUUUGUUCAACAUCUCCCUAGGACAAAAUCCGACCAUUGUCCUAUCAAAAUCUGUUUGAAGUCUCGCGUUGUGUCUUGCCCAAAUCGAAGACCCUUCAGGUUUGAAGCGAUGUGGUUAAAGCAUGACCAGUUCCAUGAUUUUAUUUCGCAGCGUUGGGAUCAAGGGUCUGGCUCGGCCCUUGCGAAGUCUCGUAGUUUGGUGGAACCCCUAAAGCAUUGGAACCUUGUUGUUUUUGGCCAUCUGAAGCAAAGAAAAGCUCGUUUACUCGCUCGUCUCAUUGGUAUCCAACGAGUUUUGUGCCAUAGACCUAAUAGAUUUCUCACCCAUCUGGAGGAAUCUCUCUCGAAUGAAUACAAUAUCAUUUUAGACCAAGAAGCCUUGUUUUGGCAGCAAAAAUCACGAGUCAAAUGGCUACAAGAGGGUGACCGAAAUACUAAGUUUUUCCACAUCUCCACUAUUGUCCGAAGACGUAGGAACAAAAUCGAGAAGCUGAUGAACAAUGUUGGAGUUUGGGUAGAGGAAGCUAUUGAGCUAAAGGAUUUAGCGGUGGACUACUUCAUGGGGCUUUUCUGUGCGAACCAGCCGGAUAACGCCAAUCUCCCCAUGCCUAAGCUGUUCCCCAGCCUAAGGGAGGAUGAGCUCAACCCCUUAGUGGCUAGUAUUGAUAUCAAUGAGGUCAAGGAAAGUCUUUUCAAUAUUGGUAGCCUGAAAACCCCGGGAGUGGAUGGGUUUCCCGCCUGCUUCUAUCAAAAUCAAUGGCAGCUUUGUGGUAAUGAUAUUUUCAACCUUGUCACCGAAGCGUUCAAGGAAUGUCGAAUCCCUGAAGGUUUGAAUGCCACUUUGGUAACUCUCAUCCCUAAAAUUGAUAACCCUAUGUCUAUGAUACAUUUUAGACCUAUUAGUCUUUGCUGCACUUUGUACAAGGUAAUUUCUAAAGUGAUCGUGGCCAGACUGAGACCUCUUUUGGCCAAGCUUGUUAGUCCUCAUCAGGUCAGCUUUAUCCCUGGUAGGCAUUUAUCUGAUAAUAUCCUGAUCGCUCAGGAGCUCAUGUUUAAAUUCAGAAAUACUAAAAGGAAAAAAGGUUUUAUUGCUUGGAAGAUUGAUCUUUCUAAAGCCUAUGACAGAUUAAACUGGGGUUUUAUCAUGACAGUUCUUAAGGAAGUCGGUUUUCCUGAAAAUCUCAUCCAGCUGAUCAUUCACUGUGUUUCUUCUGUUACUUAUCAAGUCUGCGUCAAUGGGGAGCUCAUUGAGACUUUCACCCCUAAGAAUGGCAUCCGUCAGGGCGACCCCCUCUCCCCUUACCUCUUCGUUCUUUGCAUGGAGAAGUUUUCUCACCUCAUUGUGGAAGCAGUGAAGAAUUUCAAUUGGAAACCUGUGAAAUCCUCCCAGGGUGGCCCUUUUGUCUCCCAUCUGUUCUUUGCUGAUGAUUUGAUUCUUUUUGCUGAAGCUACUCCCCGACAAGCUCAUAUUAUGAAGCAGUGUCUAGAUGAAUUUUGUAGAGCCUCGGGCCAAGUUGUCAAUUUUGAGAAAUCAGCGAUUUAUUGUUCCCCUAAUAUUAGCAAGGAAUUAGCGUCUGAUAUUAGUCACAUUUGUGGUUCACCUCUCACGAAUAACUUGGGUAAGUACCUGGGGAUGCCCUUACUUCACUCUCGGGUAACCAAGUCUACCUACAACAACCUAGUUGACAAAGUGCAUGCCAGACUUGCUUCCUGGAAAAGCAGAGUCCUCUCUUCUGCAGGUAGAGCAACUCUAAUCCAAGCCGUCACCUCCGCUAUUCCUGUUUUUGCCAUGCAAACUGCCAAGCUGCCCAUGAGCAUAUGUGAUGAGCUGGAUAAAUUAAACCGCAAUUUCUUUUGGGGAGGUAGUGACAAAAAGACUAAGGUUCAUCUUUGUCAGUGGGAUCUGUUGUGCAGACCUAAGAGUAAAGGGGGUCUGGGUUUCAAAAAAACUCACGAAAUGAACAAAGCCCUGCUAGCUAAAUCUGGUUGGAGACUUUUAAAAAAGGAUGAGGGUUUAUGGGCCCAGAUUUUUGAGAAAAAAUACCUAAGGGGUCACUCCCCUUGUGAUCCCAAUUUACUUCUCAAACAAAAUUGCUCUCCUACCUGGAAGGGUAUUGUGUUUGGCUCUCAACUUCUGGAGAAAGGUCUGAUCUGGAGGCUGGGGAAAGGGGACAAUAUUAACUUUUGGAAGGAUAAGUGGAUUGCCGAUGAAGCUCUUAUUCAUAUGGUGGAGGUUAGCCCUGACUCUAGUAUGGACACUAUAGUUUCUGAUUUUUUGAUGGAUGGUUGGUGGGAUAUUGAAAAGCUACGAAGAGUGCUCCCUGAAGACUGGGUGCAGAAAAUUAUUGGUUGCCCUGCUGACUUGGGGGGUACCACGGAGGAUUGUCAAAUUUGGCAAACUACUUCUAAUGGUCUUUUUUCUGUCAAGACUGCAUAUAACUUGCUCUUUUCAGGGACGGAGUGGUUGAACCCCUGGUGGAAAGUCCUUUGGAAACUCAAACUACCCCCGAAGAUUCUUUUCUUCUUCUGGCUGGCGUAUCAAGGAAAAAUCAUGUCCAAUGAGCAGCGUGCCCGUAGGCUUUUCAUUGGUGACCCUGCUUGUUGCAUUUGUGAUUGGCAUUCGGAAUCUACUUUACAUAUUCUUAGGGACUGCACUAGAGCUAAAAGGGUGUGGAACCUUUUUUUGAACUCUAACCAGUAUGCUCCUUUUUUCCACGCUGAGCUACACCCCUGGCUGCUCAGCAACUUUUGCUCUAAGAAUAUGUUCCUGCAGAUCCCUUGGAAAACUCUGUUUGGUGUCAUCUGCUGGCACCUCUGGAAAUGGAGAAAUGAUUUUAUUUUCAAUAAUAAGGAUGAUUUACCUUUUAAUCCUAGAGAGCUGAUCCUGUCUGCUACCAAGGAGUGGAUCAAGGCCUCUACUAAUAAUCAAUUGGGAGGUGAUAAAAUCCAGGUUAGCUUGGCCUGGACCCCCCCUGAGAAUGGUGUGUUAAAGCUAAAUGUGGAUGGUUCUCUCAUGAAAAGUUCGGGGUCCAUUGGAGCUGGAGGUGUUAUUAGAGAUCACCUGGGUAACUGGAUUGGUGGUUUCGCUGUCAACCUGGGGAAAGGACAAAUCCUGGAAGCUGAGCUGUGGGGUUUAUUUUUUGGUCUAAAAUUAGCUAUCACAAGAGGAAUAAUGGAUAUUAUUGUUGAAAUGGAUUCUGUCAAUGCCGUUAAUCUUAUCCUGAGUAAUGAUCUGAAUAUUUGUCAUCCUAUGGCUGGUUUGGUUAGCAGCUGCAAGAGACUUCUGAGACAAAUUCCAAAAUGUUUUCUUCACCAUAUCUACAGAGAGAAGAACGCUGUAGCUGACAGAUUGGCUGCUUGGAGCCACGACAUUGAUCUGGGGUGCUGGUUUCUUGAGGAUAAUCCGACUUGGCUUGGGCCUCUGUUAUUGGAUGACUCUAUAGGGGUUACUAAGACCCGUAUUAUUAGUUCUGUUUAG